UCUAAAAAUUUAUGAUCAUCGAGAGAAAGAGGGAGAGAGAGAAUGGACUCCGUGGAGAGCGAGCUGAAUGAACCAAUAUUACAGUCCAAAACAGAACUAGAGCCAGCAGUGAUCAGUUCCGCGCUAGAAGACGUCCUAUCCAACACGCAGCUUUCGCACUUCCGGCGCCUCCAAUCCGCGACAUGGGUAGAGCUGAAAACCCUCUUCCGCCUUGCAGCCCCUGCAGUCGUCGUUUACUUGCUCAACAACGUCACCUCCAUGUCCACCCAAAUCUUUUGCGGCCAUCUCGGCAAUCUUCAGCUCGCCGCCGUCUCUCUUGGUAACAAUGGCAUCCAAAUAUUCGCCUACGGCCUCAUGCUUGGAAUGGGAAGCGCUGUGGAGACACUGUGUGGCCAGGCUUAUGGCGCACACAAGUACGAUAUGCUCGGAAUAUAUCUCCAGCGAUCGAUGAUCCUCCUCAUGUCGACUGGGGUCCUUGUUAUGUUCAUCUACAUUUUCUCCAAGCCCCUCUUGCUCUUGCUAGGUGAAUCAACCUCCAUCGCGUCUGCGGCUGCUAUCUUUGUCUACGGCCUCAUCCCACAAAUCUUUGCCUACGCUGCCAAUUUUCCAAUCCAAAAGUUCCUCCAAGCCCAGAGCAUAGUGGCGCCUAGCUCCUACAUCUCUGCGGCUACGCUUGUAGUACACAUUUUAUUGAGUUGGGUCGUGAUUUACGAGCUGGGCUGGGGACUAUUGGGCGCGGCCUUGGUGUUAAGUUUCUCAUGGUGGAUUAUAGUGGUGGCACAGUUUGUGUACAUCUUGAUGAGUGACAGGUGCAAACAUACAUGGCGUGGGUUUAGCUGGCAGGCUUUCUCCGGCCUAUGGGAGUUUCUGAAACUGUCUACUGCAUCAGCAAUAAUGCUGUGCCUGGAGACUUGGUACUACCAGAUUCUUGUGUUGAUCGCUGGGUUGCUUCCAAAUGCUGAGAUUGAGUUGGACGCUCUCUCCAUCUGCAUGACAAUAUCUGGAUGGGUGUACAUGAUCUCAGUGGGAUUCAAUGCGGCCGCAAGUGUGAGGGUGAGCAAUGAGCUGGGGGCAGGGCACCCAAAAUCAGCAUCAUUUUCUGUAGUGAUAGUAACUCUAAGCUCUUUGGUCAUCGCUUUGAUCUGCGCCAUCCUUGUUCUUGGGCUGAGGAAUGUCAUGAGCUAUGCCUUCACCAGUGGUACUACUGUAUCUGAUGCAGUCUCCGAACUCUCCCCCUUCCUCGCUGUCUCUAUCAUACUUAACGGGAUCCAACCCGUCUUAUCCGGUGUUGCUGUUGGUUGUGGAUGGCAAGCAUUUGUGGCAUACGUUAAUGUGGGAUGUUACUACGUAGUUGGUAUCCCAGUGGGUGCAGUUCUGGGCUUCAAGUUCGACCUUGGAGCUAAGGGCAUAUGGUCUGGUAUGAUAGGGGGCACUUUUAUUCAGACUCUCAUCUUAUUGUGGAUCACAUUUCGGACAGAUUGGAACAAAGAGGUUGAAAGUGCACAGAAGCGUUUGGAUAAGUGGGAUGAGAGCAUUGAGAAGGAGCCUCUUUCGAACAAUUAAUAUUCUUGGAGUAAUACUAUAAACUAUAUUUUUAUUUCAUAAUUAUUUCAUAAUGUUGACGUGACAAUUUCAAAUGAUUUUUAGAUCGAUUCUUGUUAAAAAAAUAUAUACAAAAAUUAGUCGAGAUUAUCACGUCAACGUUAAAGAAAUAAUUGUAAAAUAAAAAUAUAGUAUUUAGUUUUUACAUCAAGUAACAAGCCCACGCGUGCACCAACCAUUUACCCUCCCAAUCUUCAUAAGCCCUACCACGAUGCUUGUGGCUCAUGUGGCAUCCAUUUUGGUACCUUUUUCCAUCUUCUAUUGUAACGCUUUGGAUUGAUUGAUUUAAUACUUCAAAUUCUAGAAUAAAGAAAUUUUUGAAAAAAAAAA